CUGCGUGAUUACGCGGGGACGCUCUAGAAUAGUCUCGCACGCUGUAGGUCACUCCGGUCGCGUUGGACGUUUGCUCCAUGGCCGUCUGUGCGUGCACCUAUAUAAGCCGCCAUAGCCAAGCUGCACCGAUCGGCAUCGCAUCUGUACUUGCUAGCCGGCGCACCCUCUCUUUUAUCCACAUCAGCUCGGUCGAUCUGUGACCAUCUCAGUCGAGCUGCAUCUGCAGGUGUACUAGUAGUACACCUAAGCUGAGCUUGCGUAUACCACUGCACGUAUACGCACAUCAAAUUAAUCUGAAACUAAUUAAGUUAUCAGGUGCGGGGAGAGAACAAUCGACACGAUGGCUUCUGCUUUCUCAUCCACCGUUGGAGCUCCGGCGUCGACCCCGACCACCUUCCUCGGGAAGAAGGUGAAGAAGCAGGCCGGUACGUUGAACUACUACCAUGGUGGCAACAAGAUCAACAGUAGGGUGGUCAGGGCCAUGGCGGCCAAAAAGGAACUUGACGAGGGCAAGCAGACCGAUGCCGAUCGGUGGAAGGGUCUCGCUUACGACAUCUCCGACGACCAGCAGGACAUCACCAGGGGGAAAGGUAUCGUGGACUCCCUGUUCCAGGCCCCCAUGGGCGACGGCACCCACGAGGCCAUCCUGAGCUCCUACGAGUACAUCAGCCAGGGCCUGCGGAAGUACGACUUCGACAACACCAUGGACGGGCUCUACAUCGCCCCGGCAUUCAUGGACAAGCUCAUCGUCCACCUCGCCAAGAACUUCAUGACGCUCCCCAACAUCAAGGUCCCUCUCAUCCUGGGCAUCUGGGGAGGCAAGGGACAGGGCAAGUCGUUCCAGUGCGAGCUGGUGUUCGCCAAGAUGGGCAUCAACCCCAUCAUGAUGAGCGCCGGAGAGCUGGAGAGCGGCAACGCCGGCGAGCCGGCCAAGCUGAUCCGGCAGAGGUACCGCGAGGCGGCGGACAUUAUCAAGAAGGGCAAGAUGUGCUGCCUCUUCAUCAACGACCUGGACGCCGGCGCGGGGCGGAUGGGCGGGACGACGCAGUACACGGUGAACAACCAGAUGGUGAACGCCACCUUGAUGAACAUCGCGGACGCGCCCACCAACGUGCAGCUCCCGGGGAUGUACAACAAGGAGGAGAACCCACGCGUGCCCAUCAUCGUCACCGGCAACGACUUCUCGACGCUGUACGCGCCCCUCAUCCGCGACGGCCGCAUGGAGAAGUUCUACUGGGCGCCCACCCGCGAGGACCGCAUCGGGGUGUGCAAGGGCAUCUUCCGCACCGACAACGUCCCGGACGAGGCUGUGGUGAGGCUGGUGGACACCUUCCCGGGGCAAUCCAUCGACUUCUUCGGCGCGCUGCGGGCGCGGGUGUACGACGACGAGGUGCGCAAGUGGGUCGGCGAGAUCGGCGUCGAGAACAUCUCCAAGCGCCUCGUCAACUCCAGGGAGGGGCCGCCGACGUUCGACCAGCCCAAGAUGACCAUCGAGAAGCUCAUGGAGUACGGCCACAUGCUGGUCCAGGAGCAGGAGAACGUGAAGCGUGUGCAGCUCGCCGACAAGUACCUCAGCGAGGCGGCGCUCGGCCAAGCCAACGACGACGCCAUGGCGACCGGCGCCUUCUACGGCAAGUAGAAUGAAGGCCAGCCCGUCCUAGUUAAGAUGCAUGCAUGCACUAUAUAUAUUUUGGAAUAUUUUGGACUCAAACUUUUUGAUUCAUCGCCGCACAGGUAACCCAAUUGUAACUUGUACGUCUCUUGUUGAAAGAAAAUCGAAUUAUACUCCCUAUGUUUCUAAAUAUAACUCUUUUUAGAGAAUCCAA